GUGGAAGGUGGGUGGCAAGCAUGGGAAGCUGGAGCUGCCGAAGGGAGAAGUGGAGACACCAGAAGCCGAAGUGCACUUGGGAGCUCCUUGUGUGGACGCGUCACUGCCUUCUGCAGAAUUAGAUGCUGGUGCCGGAGUGGAUGUGGACAUGAAGGCGCCAAGUGGAAAAGUUGCUGACGAUGCCAACUUGAAGAUGCCAUCUUUCGAAUUUAAAUUGCCACACCUGAAAUUUGGCAAAGUGAAGGGUCCCAAGGCGACUGUAGAGACACCCGACUUGGAGGCGCAUGUGGAAGCGGACACGGGCGGUGACGUUGACGUGGACGUGGACAUGGACGCUGACAAGGUCGGCGGGAAGCACAAGUUGCCCGGAUUCAAGCUGAAAAUGCCGAAGCCGCACCUGAAGUUGGGCGGAAUGGGAGAGGCAAAGGUGGAAGUGCCUGAAGUGACUGCUGAACUGCCCGAGGUGUGUGGUGAGGUGAAGUUGCCAGAAGGAGGCAUUGGUGUGGAUGAUGGUGUUGUGCCAAGUGUAGCCGUGAAGAUGCCAUCAGUGAAGGUGGAAGCGCCAGAAGUGGAGUUGCACGCCCAGGUGCCUGAGGUGGAUGUGGAUGUGCCUAGUGUGCAUGGUGAAUUGCCGGGUGUGGAGGGUAAGGUGGAUAUUUCAAUGCCAAAGGCGCAGGUCGAUGUUGAUGUGAGUGGUGGGGUGAAGGGCGAACUGCCGAGCCCCAAGGUGGCGGUAGAGAAGGACAUCGAAUUGCCCUCGAUUCACGUGAAGUCGCCAAAGUUCAAAUUUGGCAAAGGUGGCAAAGCAAAGGUGCCGGAAUGUGAAGUAGAGACGCCGUCGAUGGAGGUGCAUGGUGAGGUGCCGGACGUUGAGGUUGGCCUUCCAGAAGGUGGUGUCGACAUUCAAGCAGGCAGUGGAAUGGUGGCAACGCAGAAGCAGCUGAAGUCACCACACUUCGAAUUCAAGAUGCCGAAGUGGAAGGUGGGUGGCAAAGGCAAGGUUGGAAAGGCAGAAGUAGACAUGCCUGAGGUGGAGGCUCACCUAGACGCUCCUGGUGUGGAUGUGGAGAUGCCGAAAGCCGAAGUGGACGUGGAAGGAUUGAGUGGGAAGGUGGGAGUUGAGAAGGAGCCGAAGUCGCUGCAUUUCGGUUUCAAGGCGCCAAAGUGGAAGGUGGGUGGCAAGCAUGGGAAGCUGGAGCUGCCGAAGGGAGAAGUGGAGACACCAGAAGCCGAAGUGCAC